AUGACAAAUGCUCUGAGACGCAUAAUGCUUUCUGAAAUAGCUACUAUAGAAUUUGAACCAAACACUUCUGUGUUAGCAGAUAAAUUCAUUGCACAUUAUUUAGAUUUAAUACCAUUAGACAGCACUGAAGCUGAAUAUUCUAGG